AUCCAAGAUUUUUAAUGAAACGGCCACCUUUCUUUUCAACUGUGUAACUGUCGCUUUUCCAGUGCAAAAUGUUCACGCACAAAACCAAAAAAAUCAACAACUUAUCCACCAAUACUCAGAAAAAAUUCAAAGCUGAGCUAAAGGCAAACGGGAAUUUGCUUUGCAAUCGAAGCUUCGAAACUGCUUCUGGACUGUUGCGAAAAACUGGAAGCCAGUUAAAACAAACCAAAUUGACUCUCUGCCAGAAAGAUAAUAAGCUUAUAUUUUCUGGAUUUGUCGAAGAACCUAUUAAAAUUAAGCCCAAACACGAGUUUGUCUAUAAGCCGGCACCAAAAGGGCUCAACGAAUCUUUCUGCUGUGCACAAACCGAAAUAACUGUAAUGCCCAAAGUUGAGUUGCUUGCCGCGUUGCCAACUUCACCGAUGUCAAAGCCUGGGCGUAAUUUAGUGAGCUUAGUCGGGCGUGUGGACUUCUGCAUUAAAAUGCAUCGAAUGCAGCCACAUUUGAAUGCACUCUGGAAUGUCUAUGGUCAGCUUUUACGAAUAAUUGCGGGUAAGCGAGGCGAACAGACUUUGCUCUUGCGCAACGAGAGUAAAGGACCGAUUUUGCAGGCUAUUUUCUAUGAUUUCGAUGGUGAACUGAAAGCGUUGACUAAUGGUUGUUAUGUUAAUGUAGUGGGCCGCUUUAUAGGUGAGAAUCGUUUGAAUACCUUCAGUGUUUCACAGGUAAGUCUCGCCGAUUGGCAGCAGAAUUUCACGCGCUUGCAGAAUGUUAAUUCAUAUAUAUUAAUGCAAAAUUCAAACAGUAAAUAG